GAUGUCAUAUUGAUGAUGUCAUACACAUGUGGCCACCUAACAAUACUAAACCAUCCAUUUAAUCCCCAGGAACCCGAGUCACCUGACCAACCAACAUCAGAGGACAACCCUCCUGUCGCAGGUGAAGCAGGAUUGAAUGAGAAUGUUGGAAAAGAAGAAGAAACAAUGUCGGUGUUCCCGUGUCUUCCUCCUAUCAGGCACCCCCCUCCUGAUAAACCAGAUUCUAGCCACUGUGUACCGAGUGCAAAGUACUUGGGGAACUUGUUCGUUUAUGUUUUAUCUUUUCCAUGGAUAUGUGCUUAUACGUGGACCAUACCUGACUGCUCUAAACCAGACACGAG